AUGUCCAUUCUAUGCGUGCCUCUGGCCGUGUAUUUGCUAUGGCCUCCUGAGGCGUCAUCGCCUGCCAGUAUGCCAAGUACCAAAGAGGCCAGGUCUCUUGCUCCAAGUGCACAGUACUCGACCUUGCCACCCGAACACUCGAAAUCCAUUGAAUGGGUGAAAUAUACUCCUCGAACACUAGCGUUGCAUGAUGGAACACAUGCGAGCCAGGAUGGCAAUACAGACAAAAUUCUUUUGGCUAUCAAUGGACAAGUUUUUGACGUAUCGAGCGGUCGAAACUUUUACGGACCCAAUGGUCCUUACGGUAACUUUGCCGGCCGUGAUGCGUCUCGCGGCAUGGCCAAGCAGUCAUUUGCCCUAGAUGUCCUUACGCCGAUUGAUCAACCUAUCGACAAAUUGGAGGAUUUGACGGAACUUGAGAGGCACGUGUUUAUCGAGCUAACUUGUAGGAAAAAUAUGGAGGACUGGGUCUCGCAUUUUGCUGGAAAGUAUCCAAUCGUAGGAGAACUUGUGAACGAAGAUGAGCUAUGA